GAGGGGAGGGACCGACUCCCAGGGCCUUGUUCUUGAGCAGUCGCAGCGCUGGGUCCCAGAACUUAGUCCUGCGCCACGGUUCUGACCACGCGUGGUCCGCUGCCCAGCCGGCCCAGCAAGCCGGUGGUCCGCGUGUCCCUCCGAGAUGUCGUCCUGCAGCCGCGUGGCGCUGGUGACCGGGGGUAACAAGGGCAUCGGCUUCGCCAUCACGCGUGACCUCUGUCGGAAGUUCUCGGGGGACGUGGUGCUCACGGCGCGGGACGAGGCGCGGGGCAAGGCGGCGGUGCAGCAGCUGCAGGCGGAGGGCCUGAGCCCGCGCUUCCACCAGCUGGACAUCGAUGACCCGCAGAGCAUCCGCGCCCUGCGCGACUUUCUGCGCAAGGAGUACGGGGGACUUAACGUGCUGGUCAACAACGCGGGCAUCGCCUUUAGAAUGGAUGAUCCAACACCGUUCGACCUUCAAGCUGAGACGACGCUGAAGACAAACUUUUUCGCCACCAGAAACGUCUGCACUGAGUUACUGCCCAUAAUAAAACCACAUGGGAGAGUGGUGAACGUCAGCAGUCUGCAGGGGUCACGGGCCCUUGAAAACUGCAGUGAAGAGCUUCAGGAAAGGUUCCGGUGUGACACACUCACAGAGGGGGACCUGGUCGACCUCAUGAAAAAGUUUGUGGAGGACACAAAAAAUGAGGUCCACGAGAGGGAAGGCUGGCCAGACUCGGCCUACGGGGUGUCCAAGCUGGGGGUGACAGUCCUCUCCAGAAUCCUGGCCCGGCAGCUGGAUGAGAAGCGGAAAGCAGACAGGAUUCUGCUGAACGCCUGCUGCCCGGGAUGGGUGAAGACCGACAUGGCGAGGGACCAGGGCACCAGGACCGUGGAGGAGGGGGCUGAGACCCCUGUCUACUUGGCCCUCCUGCCUCCAGAUGCCACGGAGCCUCAGGGCCAGCUAGUCCGUGACAAAGUCGUGCAGACGUGGUGACGGUCCGCUCUGGGACUUAGUGGCUUAAUAAACGCUGGUGAGAGAGAUGA